CAUUCUCGAUUCAAUUAUUAAAACUUUUCUUCUUUUUUUUUUUAUGCUUUCUUUGUCAGUACUCGGUGUAUAAAAAUUGACGACCGCUACAAACUCACUGAGCGGAACUCGUUUGUUUCAUCAGACUGGAAGACUGGGUCUGAGUCAACAUUCCUAACGAAGAUGGAACUUGACAUGGAAACUAUGGCGGCAUCGAUUGGUGUAUCUGUGCCGGUGCUUCGGUUCCUUUUAUGUUUCGUGAUGACUAUACCGGUGAGUUUUCUAUGGCGACCAGUUCCAGGCCGACUAGCUAAACACGUUUACUCAGCGUUUACAGGAGCGUUGCUUUCCUAUCUGUCAUUUGGGUUCUCUUCAAAUUUGCAUUUCUUGGUGCCCAUGUUAUUGGGUUAUGCUGCAAUGGUUCUUUAUCGCCCCAAGUGUGGGAUUAUCACAUUUUUCUUGGGUUUUGGUUAUUUGAUUGGCUGCCAUGUAUAUUACAUGAGCGGGGAUGCGUGGAAGCAAGGAGGCAUCGAUGCCACUGGUGCGUUGAUGGUCUUGACACUGAAAGUCAUUUCAUGUGCAAUAAAUUACAAUGAUGGGUUGUUGAAAGAGGAAGGGUUACGUGAGGCCCAGAAGAAAUACCGGUUGAUUAAGUUGCCUUCACUGAUUGAAUAUUUUGGGUAUUGCCUGUGCUGUGGCAGUCACUUUGCUGGUCCAGUUUAUGAGAUGAAGGACUACCUUGACUGGACAGAAGGGAAGGGGAUGUGGGCUCGUUCAGAUAAAGGACCAUCACCAUCACCUUAUGGAGCAACUCUCCGAGCACUUGCCCAAGCAGCUUUGGCCAUGGCAUUGUAUCUUUACCUUAUACCGCAUUAUCCCUUGUCUCGGUUUACUGAACCUGUAUACCAAGAAUGGGGAUUCUGGAAGAAGUGGAGUUACCAGUAUAUGGCUGGCUUUUCAAUGCGGUGGAAAUAUUAUUUCAUCUGGUCAAUUUCGGAGGCAGCUAUUAUUAUAUCUGGCCUGGGUUUCAGUGGAUGGACAGAAUCUUCACCACCAAAACCAAAAUGGGAUCGUGCGAAGAUUGUUGACAUUCUAGGAUUUGAGUUAGCAAAGAGUUCAGUGCUGUUACCACAUGUCUGGAACAUUCAAGUUAGCACCUGGCUUCGUCACUAUGUUUAUGAGAGACUUAUUACCAAGGGGAAGAAGCCUGGUUUUUUCCAGUUGCUGGCCACACAGACUGUCAGUGCUGUUUGGCAUGGACUGUAUCCUGGGUACAUCAUAUUCUUUGUUCAGUCAGCUUUGAUGAUUGCUGGUUCAAGAGUUAUUUUCCGAUGGGAACAAGCUGUACCUACGAAUAUGGCUCUUGCGAAGAAAGCAGUUGCCUUCGCGAACUUUGCUUACACAAUUUUUGUUCUGAACUACUCCUGUGUUGGUUUUAUGGUACUAAGCAUGCAUGAGACACUUGCCUCAUACGGGGGUGUGUAUUAUGCUGGAACCAUCCUUCCGAUGGCAUUGAUUCUCUUGGGUUACAUAAUACCUGCAAAACCUGCCAGAUCUAAAGCUCGUAAAGAACAGUGAGGCGAAAGCCAAAUUUCUUCUCAUUGGA